CGGAUGACCGACUCGGUGACUGUAACCGCAAUUUAGGCAACAUGGGAGAUGUUGUGGGAUUUAUCUUGAACGGAUUUUAAAAACCGUCGGGAAAAUGGCCGAGAGGUUGGAAUGGGUGGAAAUUAUUGAGCCACGCACACGGGAGCAUAUGUAUGCCAAUCUGCUAACGGGUGAGUGCGUGUGGGACCCACCACAGGGUGUUUGCAUCAAGCGUACCGGUGAGAACCAGUGGUGGGAGCUGUUUGACCCCAAUACUUCACGCUUCUACUACUAUAACGCCUCUACCCAACGCACAGUGUGGCAUCGGCCUCAGGGAUGUGACAUCAUACCUUUGGCCAAGCUGCAGACUCUGAAGCAGCACACAGAUACCACCAUCACUCGUCCUCCAGGUGGCGGACGGCGAGCAUCUGCUGACAACAGCCCAGGACGGAACAGCGAAGUCAGCCGGGAAGGAAGCACCUCGUCCUCCCUUGACCAGGAGCUGUCUGAAAAACAAGGCAACAGAGAGGAGGCAGAUAGGACCUCUCCCUUCAGGUGGAAUACUGGUACAAAAGAGCGAAUGCUGAUCAAGGUGACAGACAGAGAGCCCAGCUUCUUGGCCCAUCAGGGAAAUGGUUACUCUCCCUGUGACCCCUCCAGCCCUAGCACUCCUUCUGGAGGGGGCACCACCUCACGAGCUCGCUGUUCCUCUGGAGGAAACCCUUCUUCAGAACCUGACAGCUCACCAGUUCUUUAUGCCGACCGCCGUCAGUCUCCUUUUCUUAAGCGGGCAGAGCUGGGUGGCUCAAACACCCAUCGACUCACUUCAGCUGACUCCCAGCCUCCUUCACCCCGCUACACCUAUGAGCCCCCACUAUAUGAGGAGCCGCCAACAGACUUUCAGCCCCCACCCAUCUAUGAAGAGCCUCCUACUGACAUGCACCUCUCUGAUUCUUCUUCCUUCUACAGCACUGGCAAGUCACCUGCUCGGAAAUCUUCAGUCCCCAUUUACCACUCCCCCAAGCAGGGCCAGUCACCCUAUGGCCAGCUGGUUCUGACCAGGCAGAAGUGUCCCGAAAAGACUCAGAGUUUGGAGUACAGUCCUGUGGGCAAGGAAUAUGUUAAGCAGCUGGUGUACGUGGAGCAGUCAUCUUCCAGUCCUCGAUUCAAGACAGCAGACCGUCUUCUGCGUUACGGCACAACCGGUGGCUAUGGAAGUUCAUAUGGGGGGUCCUACACUCUGCAACACAGCCAAUCUCUGAUCAGAGACCCCCGCCUCCUGCUGGACUACAGUGGAGAGGGUGGAGAGGGAAGCCAGAGGUUAGUUUAUGAGGACUCCAUAUCCUGGACGUCCACCCAGACACACUCCCUCUCUUCUUCUUCUUCUACAGCCAGGCCUGGGGCUUUCUCUCCCUCUGGCAACCGCAAACGCAAAAGCCGCAAGCCAUCCCUCCCACAGGAACUGACUCGCUAUGGGGAGGUGGAGCUUACUGGGACAGCAUCUGAGGCCAUGCUGGCUCAGGCCAGACUUGCUUGGGAGGCUCAGCAGGUGAUGAAACAGAGGUGCAGUUGGGAUUCUGGGCAGGGAGGUGGUGCUUCCCAAGCUGGCAGCUCUAAAGAUGGCUAUGAGAGUGACGGAGCAGUGCCUCUGCCAUUACCGGGACCAGUGGUGAGGGCGUUCAGUGAGGACGAGGCACUAGCACAGAGCGAUGGCCACCACUGGAAACGCAGUACCUUUGAGCGGCUGGGGUUCCCUCAGGCCCUCCUGGAGAAAAGCCUCUCUGUUCAGACCAACCUGGCCUCCCCUGAACCUUACCUUCAUCCCUCACAGUCAGAGGACCUCGGAGCUUGUGCCCAAUUCGAAGCCAGUCGAAAUGCAAGGAAUAUGAUGCCUAGCGCCAGCUGUGGCAUUUUCCCAGAGUUUACCCUGAGGAAGCCGUCCUCGGAGACCGACAUUGAGAACUGGGCAUCCAAGCACUUCAAUAAACACACACAGGGUCUUUUUAGAAGAAAGGUCUCUAUUGCCAACAUGUUGGCCUGGAGCAGUGAGCCUAUCAAGAAGCCCAUGAUUGUGACUUCAGAUCGCAGCGUGAAAAAGGAGGCAGUCGAGAUCUUUAAACUCAUCCAGACCUACAUGGGAGACCGUCGCUCCAAGGCCGACCCCCUUUCUGUGGCUCUGGAGGUUGUGGUGCGUGGGUGGAGUAAUCAGGGUUUGCGUGAUGAGCUCUACAUCCAGCUGUGUCGUCAAACUACAGAGAACUUCCGCUACGACAGCCUAGAGCGAGGCUGGGAAUUGAUGGCCAUCUGUCUAGCUUUCUUCCCCCCAACACCCCGUUUCCACACUUACCUGGAGGGCUAUAUUUAUCGACACAUGGACCCUCUGAAUGACACCAAAGGUGUGGCCAUUAGCAGUUAUGCUAAAUACUGCUACAGGAAACUGACAAAAGCUGCACUCACUGGAGCCAAGAAGGGUGUGCAGAAACCCUGCAUAGAGGAAAUCAAGCAUGCCAGGAACGCCAUCUUCAACCCUUCCAUGUUUGGGUCCUCCCUUGAGGAGGUCAUGGCACUCCAGAAGGAGCGAUAUCCAGACCGCCAAUUGCCAUGGGUACAGACUCGCCUCUCUGAAGAGGUUCUGUGUCUCAAUGGAGACCAAACAGAGGGCAUUUUCAGAGUUCCAGGGGACAUAGAUGAAGUCAAUGCCCUCAAGCUGCAAGUGGAUCAAUGGAAAAUCCCUACAGGACUGGAAGACCCACACAUUCCUGCCUCUCUGCUGAAACUUUGGUACAGGGAGCUUGAAGAACCGCUUAUCCCUCACGAGUUUUAUGAGGAGUGUAUCAGUCACUAUGACAACCCAGAAGCAGCUGUCGGUGUGGUGCUGGGCCUGCCACAUAUCAACAAACUGGUGCUCUGCUAUCUCAUUCGAUUCCUACAGGUAUUUGCCCAGCCUGCUAAUGUGGCCAUCACCAAAAUGGAUGUGAACAACCUGGCCAUGGUUAUGGCUCCCAACUGUCUGCGCUGCCAGUCUGAUGAUCCUAGGGUCAUCUUUGAAAAUACUCGCAAGGAGAUGUCCUUUAUCCGGGUGCUCAUCCAGCGGCUAGACACCAGUUUCAUGGAUGGAAUCCUAUAACCCCCAGCU